AAAAACCAAUGGCAGAAUAUUUCAGGCUCUGGCAUAUCCAAACAUAAAUAAGUAACAUAAGGUUCAGCUCUGCUCCAUCCAUGCAUCGCCUCCAUUAUUCAUGCUUCGAUUCUCCAUGCUUUCCUCUACUGCUCAUUGGUAACAUUCGGCAAAUUUGACAGAUGGGUAUAUUGGUCAUCUUGGUGGACCUGCAAUGCUGCCGCUGCGAUGCCAAGAUCAGGAAGGUCCUGGGCUGCCUUGAAGAGGAGUACUGCAUCGAGAAGGUGGAGUACGACGUGAAGAACAACAGGGUGAUCGUGCGCGGGAAGUUCGACCCGGAGAAGCUGUGCAAGAAGAUCUGGUGCAAGGCCGGCAAGAUCAUCAAGGAGAUCCUCAUCGUCGACGUCUGGCCGCCGCCGCUGCCGCAGCCGCCGCCGCCGUGCAAGCCGCCGCCGUGCGAGAAGCCUCCGGAGGACUGCAAGCCCAAGCCCUGCCAUUGCUGCAGCUGCGAGAAGCCCAAGCCCAAGCCCAAGCCCUGCCACUGCGAGAAGCCCAAGCCCUGUCACUGCGAGAAGCCCAAGCCAUGCGAGAAGCCGCCGCCGUGCAAGCCGGAGGAGCCGCCGAAGCCGCCGCCGGAGAAGCCGCCGCCGAAGCCGGAGUGCAAGCUGGUGCCGUACCCUUACCCGGUGCCGUACCCGUACGCCGGGCAGUGGUGCUGCCCAAAGCCUGAGCCGCCGAAGCCGCCGCCGGAGCCACCGAAGGAGCCGGAGCCGCCGAAGCCGUGCGGGUGCUCGCACGCCUUCGUGUGCGUCUGCAAGCCGGCGCCGCCGCCGCCGCCGCCGUGCGGGUGCUCGGGGGGCCACGGGAACUGCGGCUGCGGCAUCAGGCCGUGGCCGCCGCAGGUGUGGCCGCCGCCGCCCGUCUGCCCGCCGCCGCCGUGGUGCUACACCGAGGACAACGCCAACGCCUGCUCCAUCAUGUGAUGGCCGGCCGGCGGUCGGCGUCGAUCACGAUCAUCUCUGCUGCUUAAUUUCCUUGCUUGCUACUACCUCUGCUCCUUUCCUUGCCUCGGAAAUCGGAAUAAAUUAAACACGAGGCUGAUCGAUGUGUUUGUAAUUAAUCCAUGGUGUUUGUGUUGUGUGCUGUGUGGGCUGUAUAAUAAUUAAUUACAGUAUGUUCAUGUAAAUUUGUUUGUUUGUUUGUUUAUGUUGUUCGAUAUGUAUAAUUAUGUACAAUAAUUAAUCGUGGAGAGGCUCACUAAACUCAUAAACUGUAGAGUAUCUUGGCUGUAAAAGUGUGGCAAUUUAUCUUUUUCUUGUGUUA